CUUCAUCUUUCCAUCUCCGUCUUCUUCUCGCUGUAUCAACAGCAUAUCCCCCCGGAACGGCCUCAGAGAAUCUGAGACAAAGGCCCAGGACGAUCCGAAUUCCUUUGUCACCCGGAUCAUUAGAGUACUCGUACUGCGUCUCCCACCCGGCCGGGCGCGUAAUCGACCCUUUCCCACCCGGACGCGUCGCCUAUCCGCCUCUCCGCCUCUCUCCCCCAGACUUCGGCCCAUCCGUCUGCCCUCUCCACCUACUCGCCUCUGGCCUCCAACGCGAAGCAGUAAGAACGAAGCAGAAAACAAGCCGACAUGUCGUUAAACCACCAUAUCCCUAAAAAGAUCUCCCUAAAACCAAAGGCGCAUCAUGGUUUCCAGUUGGUGCUCUGGCUUUUGGGUCUGUUGUUGCCCCCUCUUGCUGUGGCUGUGCGAUUCGGUAUAGGAGUCGACUUCUUCAUCAAUGUCUUCUUGUGUAUCUGUGGCUAUAUCCCUUGUCACUUUCACAACUUCUACAUCCAAAACAUCCGAAACAACCAGAACCGCGCCCGAACCCCCAAAUGGGCUAUCAAAUACGGCCUCGUAGACAACUCCAACAAUGAACGCCGCGCCCAAAAGAACCUCUGGGCCAAACGCUUCGAAGAACGCAACAACCACUCCACCCUCGCCGACCAAGAGCUCGAAGCCGGCGAAGAAGGGCCAAACUAUGAUCCGUAUACGGAGAGUCCUGCGGAGGUUGAGAGGAGGAGGAAUGAGGGGCUUUGGAGUGCUGAGGAUGAGGAGUAUUAUAAUGCUGAUCGAGCGCCGAACCAAAAGUCGUGGCACUACCCCGCCAACUUUGAAGGUACCGUCGGCGAUGGCAGGUCGUAUAAACGUAAAGGAAAGUCCGCCGGCUCUUCCGGUGGCGACCGAUGGCAACGCGCCGCCCGCCGUUCCUCCGUCUCAAGCUCUACCAACACCUACCCCCCUUCCGCCGCCACCGAAGACGACAUCCCCGAAUGGGGCCGCGACUAUGGGUCCAAAGGCCGUAAAUCUGGCAAGAAGCAGCAAAAAGCAGCGGCGAAGAAGAAUGGCGGUGAGAAUGAGUGGGCGAGGAACCCCGAGUUUAAUUAUUCGAAUGAAAGGGCCGGGGUUGGGUAUAGCAAUGGGGCUGGGGUUGGGGCUGGGGGUGGGGGUGGGGGAGGAAGGAGGAGGGGGGAUAGUGGUGCGAGUGCAGGGAGGUCGAAUGGGAGUGCGGCUGCUGCCCCGAGUGGGAAUGGGGAUCCUAAUUGGGAUCACCAAUUCUGAGUCUGGUAAGGAGAAGGAAAAGGAGAAGGAUGGAGUUAAAGGGCGAGCGCGUCCAGUAUGGUUGUUGUUUUUUGUUCGCGUGAUUCUGCGAGUAACGUUUCGACGGUUUUGGCUAGUUUAGGAUUCUAGGAUAUUGAAGAUUUCAUGUAUACCCCGAGCGCGAGCGCUUGAGCAGAGCUUUCAACUUUCAAUCAACGGGCUCUUAGGGGCAUACUGUCCAUGCCGCUUUAUUGCUGGUAACUAUGCAUUGCGCAAAAGUAAGAAUAUACCACGAGGAUGAGAUGAAGUGUUACUCGGACAGAGAACUCGGACAGAGAAGCAAGCAAAAAGAAAGUGGGAACUGGGGGUUGAUCCCAGGACCAAUAGAUAUUUGCGAUUAGACAAUUGCAAUCUACUACUCUACCACUGAG